CUCCGGCGAACAUUGAUCAUCGAAAGCCGUGCUUUGCCUAGUUUAGCUCCUUAGAACAGGAUGAGAGUGCACUGCCUGCUGCUACUCCUGGCGCUCCUCGGAGCUCAGGCCGAAUGUCCGAGCGACGGAUCGACGGAUGUGGCCGCCGAGAAUCCUUCGGCGGACGAUGGAGUCACCAGCAAUGCAACCGCGCCCACAAGGCCAAGGAUUCCCACCCCGGAUGAGAUCCUGGGUCAAGUGCCCCCGAUCUCGCCGAUCCGGACUGGCAACCCGCAGAUGGACGCCUUCUACUUGAUGUUCCCCGCGUUGGCAAGUCUGCUCCGGUGGGGCAGCCUCUUCCCGGCGCACUCGAUCCUGAGUGCCGUGCCCGACAACCUGCAGCCGACGGCUGCCGCCUCCAAGGUGGUGCUCGUCCUGGCGGACGAUCCCGCUACCAAGACAAGAGUGACCCGCCAGAAUCCGGUGACCAAUCCCCUCGGCCAGAUGAUGAACUGGCCGGCCGUUCCGCAGGACAUCCUCAGCCAGGCCAACUUCCCCCCGCUUCCGCCCAUGGACUUCGGACCCCAGGUGGGUCAGUUCCUCGCCCAGCUGCCGCCGAUGGCUUCCGGUGGCUUCCUGGGUGCCGCCGCUCCGGUUCCCACUCCCGUGGCCGAUCCUCCACCCGCUCCAGCUGCUCCUGCCCCGGCUCCUCCUGCUCCGGCUCCACCUGCUCCGGCUGCUGCUCCGGACUCGCCGCUGCCCGCUCUGGGUCAGGGCAUCCAACCGCUCCUGGGCCAGGCCAUGGCCCUCCUGAAUCCGACCAACAUCGAUCCCGCCGGUCUGCUGGGACAGGCGGUGCCCAAUCUCUCCAAUCUGCCGGCGCCGAACCUCGACUUCGUGGCCCAGAUGCAGCGGCAGUUCUUCCCGGCGACGGUGCCAGCUGCUUCAGCGGGAGCGGAUGCCCAGGCCUCGGACAUUUCCGAGGUGCGGGUGCGUCCCGAGAUUCCCUACUCCCCGGAGGCUCAAUACGCGCAGCUGAAGAUCAAGUCCGCAUUGGAGAGGCAGCAGGAUAGGCAGGAGAAGCAGGAGGAUCAGGAGCGAGUGCCGCUCUUGUGGUUCCGUCUGCCCACCACCACCACCACCAGCACCACCGAUGAACUGGAGGACAAGACACUCGAGGAUCUCCGCGUGGAGGCCAAGUUGCGCGCCUUCGAGCGCCAGGUGAUCGCCGAGCUGAAGAUGCUGCAGAAGAUCGAGCUGAUGGCCAAGGAGAUGCGAUCGAGUGCCGCGCAGACUUCCCCCGAUUCCCCCUACAGGAUCAAUUAUUCCCUGAGCCGCACUCCCGUGCACAAGAUCACCCGCUCGGACAUCGAGCACGCUCUGCGGGACGACUACGUGCGUCGUCUGGUGGCCAAGGAGGCGCAAAGGAAGGCCAGGACCUCGGCUCACAUCAGCCGCAAGGCAGGUGGCUUCAAGCGACAGGCAAAGGCAGAGGAUCCCACUCUGACCAAGGAGGAGAUUGUGAAGAUCAUGGCGUAUGCGUAUCGCAUGGCCAGCGAGCAGAUGGAGAACGAGAAGGGAAAGCAGGACAAGGUCUACGCCGCCUACAGAACUGCAGAGAGUCCUAACCAGCAACAGCCAAUGGAGAACUCCCAGAUGAUCCAGCAGCAGCAGCAGAGACAGUGGGCCGAGGAUCAGGUGAGGAUGCAGAAGGAGAGGCAGAUGGCACAGCAGAUGGCCCAGCAGAACCCCAUGAUGAUGCAGCAGAGGCAAUGGACAGAGGAUCCCUCCAAAGUUCAGCAAACGCAACAGAGGCAGUGGAGCGAAGAUCCCGCGAAGGCUCAACAAAUGCAACAGAGGCAGUGGAGCGAAGAUCCCGCAAAGGUGCAACAAAUGCAGCAGAGGCAGUGGAGCGAAGAGCAGGCCAGGAUUCAGCAGAAUCAGCAACAGCAGCGACAGAUGGAGAACCCCCAGAUGAUCCAGCAGAGCCCCAUGAUGAUGCAGCAGAGGCAGUGGAGCGAGGAUCCCGCGCAGGUUCAACAAAUGCAGCAAAUGCAGCAGAGGCAGUGGUCCGAGGAGCAGGCCAAGAUCCAGCAAACCCAACAGCAGAUGCAACAGAAUCCCAUGAUGAUGCAGCAAAGGCAGUGGACAGAGGAUUCCGCGAAGGUUCACCAAAUGCAGCAGAGGCAGUGGGCUGAGGAUCAGGCAAGGAUGCAACAGCAACCGCAACCGCAGAUGAUCCAGCAGAAUCAAAUGAUGAUGCAGCAGCGCCAGAUGAAGAGCCCCCAAAUGAUGAUGCAGCAGCAACAGCAGCAACCGCGAAUGCAGCAGAGCCCCAUGAUGAUGCAACAGCUGCAGCAACAGCAGAUGCAACAGCAACCGAGGCAGUGGGCCAACCAGGAGGAUGAAGCUGCCCAGCGGUGGGCCAUGGAGAAGUCGCAGGCAAUGCAGCAGGAUCCCAACCAGAUGGCAGCCCAGAUGCAGCGACAACCCGAUGGUGAUGAUGAUGAUAGCAAGAGUGACGAUGAGUCCAAGGAGACAAUCCUCGGAGAGGCCGGACCACAGAUGGCGGAGAACGAGGGCAAGGCCCGGCACAAAGGCGGGGAUCCCCUCGGACUCGGCGGCAACCGCAAGAAGUCCAAGUCCAAGCAUUCGCACUCUUCGCGUCCCGCGGUGAUCAACUACUACUAUCAGGUGCCCCAGCGUCCAGCGCCAGUUCCGAGUUAUCCGAGCAGCUAUGGCACCAGCUACGGCGGCGGUGGCUACGGAUCUAAUGCCUACGGAUCACCAGCUCCCGUUCGGGCCAACCCGUAUCCCGCUGCCAUUCCCGCUCCCGCUCCCGUUUACAGCUCCUAUCCAGCUCAGGGUUACCGAGCUGCCGUUGGGAACGAGGAGGUGGACGACAUGCUGCGCCAGCACCAGACGAUGGCCAGGACAAUAAACCCCAAUCAAUCGGACCAAGUCGGCGGAUUGGAGAGGCGGGAGGAGGAGGACUCUGAUCCCCCGGCGAGGACCAACACAACAGCAGCAGCUCCGCAGGAGCAACCGCCACCGCAUCGAGUCCACAAAAGUCCAUCAUCAGCACCAUCCGUAACCGAAAUCGAAACCGCAUCCGAAACCGCAUCCGAAAUCGCAUCCGAAAUCGCACCCUCAUCCGAUCCCCAAGUGGGCUCCAUUUUCACCGUCAACGAGGGACUGCUGCAUCCGUUCAUGGGCCUCCUGCCGGUGGCCCGACCGGAUGAUCCCUGGAACCAGAAGCCCUACGACCCACACCAUCCCCUCUACUCGGGGGGCGGGAGCUACGAGGCCUACUUGAAGGACAAUCGCCAUCGGAGGGACACGCACAUCAUGGGCCAGGGCACCCAGCACGGCAUCCUCACUCCCGGAAUGCUGGAGCGACUGCUCCGCAUCAAGGUGGACUUCCAGCGCAGGUUUCCGCACCUCUACAAGGGCAUGCUCAACCACCACACGAACCUAACCCGCGUGGAGGUCGAGCCUCCAGUUCUGGGCAGGAUAUCCACGCCCAAGAAGAAGUCCAAGGAAAGGCAGCAGGAGCAGGAGGAGGAUGACGAACCCAUCUUCGAGUUGGGCGCCGCCGAACGGAGUUUGUUCGAGGAGGACACCCAGGACUCCCUCGAGAAGGAACCCUUCCAGGAGUCGGACGACGAGGACGAUCGGGAUGCAGAGGAUCUGAAGGAUCCAAAGGAGAGCAGUGAACCCAGCAGCAGAAAACAGCGGGAUGAAAACGACAUCGACUACUUCAACUUCGAUGACGAUGAUGUUGAUGAUUGACUUUUAUUGUAAUACAAUAGCAAUACAAAUAAAUAUUGAAUAUUAUUAAUGUGUAAACAAAAUGGUUUUAUAUCAGUAAAAUCUUUUUGCGAAUCCACAAUGCAAUCUGACAAUAUUAAA